GACGUAACAAACGUUACUAUCAUUUUGGUAGGAAAUGCUAGUAAAGUCUUUAAAAUUUUAAAACAGUUGAUAUUUCCUAUGAUUUCAGGAUGGAAUCCAUCUAGAUUGUAUGCAGACAAGGUCAUGUUCCAGUAGAAGCUACAACGGUGUGUACAAGUCAAGUAAUGUGAUGGAAGGAGACCUGACCAUUGUAGAUGCAUUCUCCUUGCCUGAUUUCAGCAAGGGAAUAAGUGAUAAUGGAAACAAUAUUAAAAAGUCACCUCAGAAACCCAUUACAUACACAAUGAAGAAGAAAAAAUUAGAGCAUUUCAUUGACAAUCUUUUCUUUAAAGUAGUCAAUGAAAAAGUGGGACAGCCAACAGAGCUAGACUCAGAAAGAAGGGAUUUGAAAACUGAUGUCGAGAUUCUGGAUGAUGCUGGAAGACAAGUAAAAGGUGAAGACAAUCAUGAUUCUACCGAAGCAACAUUGAAGAUUACAAGUUGUUCUUCAGUGAGUUGCAAGAAAGAAAUUAAAACUGAGAAGAAAUCAGAUGUUGAUGAUGUAGAAGAUAGUAAUGACACUCAAGAUAGGUCAUUUGCGAUGAGUCUGGUCAGUGUGAAGAUCAAAGCAGAUCAAGAUGAAGAGUUCAAAUUGAAAUCAGAGAAAGAACUAAAUGAUCCACUGGUAACAGUGAAACAAGAAGAUGUCAAACCUGCAGAAAAGAUGUUUGGAUGGUGUAGCAUUGAAGAUCUUAAAACUCCUGUUGUUCAGAAUGCGGCCAUUGAUUCCACUAAGUCAUCACCGGAAGGUUAUUUCAACGCUACAUCAGAAUUUGAAGUGAAACAGGAACCCCCUGCCACUCCUGCCCAUGAAAUCAGUGAAGAUUACAAACUGAGCCUAUUCGGUACCUCGGAGGUAAAACAAGAAUCUAUAGAGGAACAUGACAUGAAAUUAGAGCCGGAGCACAAUACACCAGAUGAUUCCACAAUUCACAGUGAUGAGGCCUCUGAUUCUGAUCAAACUGAAGAAAGCACAAAGGAGGAACAGAAUAAGAACAUGAAAACAAAAGAUGGAAGCUUGGAUUUGGAGAAAUCAUUAAUGGAGGCAUGGAAGAAACCUUCGACAACGAACAUAAUGAAGAGUUUGCUGUAUGCGAAGAAAUCAAAACCAAAGCAGGUGGACAAGGAUUACAGCUGGACAACUAAACCAUCGCGUAAACGUGGAGAAACCUUUCAGUGUGACUUCUGCAAGAAGAUCUUUUUGCAGAAAGGUAAUCUCAGGAGCCACAUUUUCACUUUUCACAUGGAUGACCAACAGAAGGAGUAUAAGUGCGAGGUCUGCUCAAAGGUGUUUCCAUAUCCAAGUGCACUCAGGAAACAUUCUCAGAUACACAAUGGAGAGAAACAGUAUGGCUGUGAUGAAUGUGGGAAGAGUUUUACGCUCAAGGGAAAUUUGAAAGCCCACCAGUUCCUACACACAGGGGAAUUGCCGUACGCUUGUGGGAUUUGCCAGAAAAAAUUUGCAACAGAAUCUAGUCUCAAUAGCCACAUUGAUGUGCAUACUGGUGUGAAGGCCUUCUCUUGUUCGAUGUGCGAAAGGAAAUUCCGGCAUCGAAGGGGGCUGGAGACACAUGAACGACUGCAUACCGGUGAGAACAUGUUUGAGUGCACUUAUUGUGAUAAGAAGUACAACCUUAAGGCAUCCUUAAACAAUCACCUUCUGCUGCACACUGGUGAAAAACCUUUUUCUUGUGAUACUUGUGGGAAGUCAUUUCGUAGUAAGAUGGCUUUGAGUAGUCACAUCCUGAUACAUACCGGAGAGAGACCGUAUCCUUGCUCCAUAUGCAGCAAACGUUUCCGUCUUAGGAGUACGUUAAAGUGUCACCUCCUGGUCCACAGCGGAGUGCUUCCAUACAAGUGUGACCUCUGUGGGAAAGCUUAUAGCAAAAAAAUCAACCUUCAGAAUCAUAAAAUGACCCAUACGGGGGAGCGGCCAUUUGAAUGUAACGUUUGCGACAAGAAGUUCACGUCUAAGUCCAAUCUAAGCAGUCAUAUGACUUGUCACUCAGAUGAGAGACCAUAUGCCUGUACAGUCUGUGACAAAAAAUUUCGGCUAAAGACCAAUCUCGAGAGUCACAGUAGGAUUCACACUGGGGAGAAACCAUAUGCUUGUGAUCAGUGUGAUAAGCGGUUCUACAUGAAAGGUAGUUUGACUUCACACAUAUUGACACAUUCUGAGGAAAAGCCAUUCUCCUGCACUGUGUGUGAGAAAAAGUUUAGACUGAAAACAAGUCUUGAGAACCACUUUCGGUUACACACUGGUGAGAAACCUUUUGAGUGUACAGUAUGCAGUAAGAGGUUUAGCAUCAAAGGGAAUCUGUCGGCACACUUAAUGACGCACACUAAAGAUAAGCAGAGUUAUAACUGUCAAAUGUGUGAUAAGACAUUUGCAAGCAAAUCUAGUUUAAGUACACACAUGAUAAUCCAUACUGGAGAAAAACCGUUUGAGUGUGAGGUGUGUAAAAAGUCAUUUUCCUCCAAAAGCAAUUUGAAGACACAUGCAUUGAUCCAUGGUGAAAAACUGUUUUCUUGUGAAAUUUGUGAUAUGAAAUUUGCACAAAAGGGAACCCUUCUUGGGCACUAUCAAGUGCACAGUAAUAGGGAUACAUUUCCUUGCGAUGUUUGCGAGUAUGAGUCUAAAGACAAGUCUGACUAUAAAACUCAUCUUUUGGAACAUCCUGAUGUAGUAUUCUUCAAUUGCCAUAUUUGUGAGUUGAGACUCUCCAGUCAGGAUAGCCUUGAUGGACACAUUCUACAACAUAAGGCGGAAAAACCCUUCAAGUGCAGUAAAUGUUGUAAAAGAUUUUUUUCCAGAAAAAAUCUAAGAUCCCACAUGACUUGUCAUUCUGGAGAGAAGCCUUUUUCUUGCAAUCAAUGUGGUAAGUCAUUCACACACCGCUGCUAUCUCAAAAGUCAUGAGAUCAUCCAUACAGGUGAGCGACCAUUCAUUUGCAGCACUUGUGGCAAAAGCUUCACAAAACGGAGUUAUCUGAAAACUCACGAGCUGACACAUUCUGGAAAUAAACCUUAUGCAUGUACUCAAUGUGGGAAAGCCUUCACUUUGAAGUCUACCCUGAAAAGUCAUGAAAUGAUCCACUCAGGUAUCAAACCCUUUUCUUGUGGUGAGUGUAGCAGAACAUUUUCUCUCAAGUGUUAUCUGAAAAGCCAUCAACUGAUUCACUAUGGGGUGAAGCCUUAUUCUUGUAAAGAUUGUGGCAAGAACUUUUCUCAGAAGUGCUAUUUGAAGGCUCACAAGUUAAUACACACCGGGUUUAAACCGUUCCAGUGUGAUGAAUGUGAUAAAAAAUUUACACAAAAGGUCUAUUUGAAAAACCACAAACUCACUCACUCUGGAAUUAAGCCAUAUAGCUGUGAUGAAUGCCCAAAAAAGUUUAAUAAAAACAGCUCUCUGAAAGCACAUAAACUUUUACACAGCGGCAUUAAACCAUUUGCUUGUGAUUUGUGUGACAAGAGAUAUAAUCACAAAGGCAACUUAAAACAACACAUGGAGAUUCAUAUUAGUGGAAAAUUGUUUGCUUGUAAUUUAUGCGAUAAGAAGUUUUAUAAUCGUGCUGUACUCAAGAGUCACAUCAUUAUACACAAGGGGGAAAAACCACAUCAGUGCACAGUGUGUGAGAAAAAAUUUGCGUUCAAGGGAAAUUUGAGGAUUCAUAUGUUGAACCACAGUGGGAUUAGACCUUAUGAGUGUGAGACAUGUGGAAAGACUUUUGGAUCAAAAGGGAAUUUAAAAAACCAUCGGCUCACUCAUGGAUCUGAAAAUUGUAAAAAUUGCAAGAAACGGUUUCUUACAAAAGAAGAAUUGGAGGCACAUAUGAAAAUACAUAAAAAGAGAGUGUUACCUUCUUGUGAUGUUUGUGGCAGAACUUUCAACAAUAAGACAAAACUUCAGAUUCACAAAAAGAGACACAAUGUUCCGACUCCACAUGAAUGUGAAGAGUGUGGAAAGAAAUUUACACAUUUAUGCUACCUGAAGACACAUCAGUUGAAACAUACUGGAGAAAAACCAUUUGCUUGUGAAUUAUGUGAUAAAAGGUUCUCAUUGAAAUCAUAUCUGAGAAAUCACCAAUUAGUUCACGCCAGUGUGAAACCUUACAUCUGUGAUGUUUGUGACAAGGCUUUCACACAGAAAGCCACCUUGAAAAGCCACCAACUUCUUCACACUGGAGAAAAACCUUUUCAGUGUGAUUUGUGUGAUAAGUCAUUUACACAAAAAGGUUAUCUGAAAACACAUCAGUUGAGUCACACUGGGGAAAAACCUUUUGUAUGUGACAUAUGUGACAAGGCUUUCACACAAAAGUGCUACUUAAAAUCACACAAAUUGAUUCACUCUGAGGAAAAGCCAUUUGUUUGUAAAAUAUGUGAUAAAUCAUUCUCGCAGAAAAGCUAUCUUAAGAGUCAUGAAUUAAUUCACAGUGACGACAGACCUUAUCCAUGUGAGCUGUGCGAUAAGGCAUUCACACAAAAGUGUUACUUAAAGAAUCACCAGUUAACACAUACUGAUGAGAAGCCUUUUGUGUGUGACAUUUGUGAUAAGGCUUUCACACAGCAAUGUUAUCUGAAAACACAUCUUCUCAUUCAUACAGAUGAGAAACCAUUUGUUUGUGAGGUUUGCGAUAAAAGGUUCAGCCAGAAAGGUUAUUUAAAGAGUCACAUGCUCAUACACAGUGGGGAAAGGCCAUUUGUCUGCAACAUAUGUGAUAAAUCAUUCACCCAGAAGUGCUAUCUGAAGGCGCACGAAUCAACACACUCUGAUGACAAGCCCUUUAUUUGCUUGGAAUGUGGGAAGGGCUUCACUCAGAGAUGUUAUCUCAAAACACAUCAGUUAGUCCAUUCUGAAGAUAAACCCUAUUCCUGUUCUGUAUGUGAGAAGAAAUUCAAGCAAAAGAGUAAUUUGAAGAUACACGAGCUCAUACACUCAGGAGAAAAACCGUUUGCUUGCCACCUCUGUGACAAAAGGUUUCUGCAAAAUAGUACAUUAAAGACACACCUUCUUACUCAUAAUGUGGAUGCACCAUUUGCUUGUAGUAUGUGCGAUAAAAAGUUUGCUCUGAAGACUUCACUUAAUAACCACUUGUUGACACAUUCUGGCGAAAAGCCCUUUGGCUGUCCUAUAUGUGGGAAACGAUUCUUACUGAAGGGAAGUCUAGAGAGCCAUAACAGGAUUCACACUGGGGAAAAACCUUUUGAGUGUGAAAUUUGCAACAAGAGGUUCACACUAAAAGGGAAUUUGAAAAUCCACUCAUUGAUCCACUCUGAGGAUAGGCCACAUGCAUGUACUGAGUGUGAUAAGAGAUUUGUGUUGAAAAGCAGCCUAGAGAGUCAUUUCCGAAUUCACACUGGUGAGAAACCAUUUUCCUGUGCUACUUGUGGAAAAGCUUUUAGUUUCAAGUCGAUGCUCGAUGCUCAUGUUCGAAUACAUACAGGUGAGAAGCCAUUCUCAUGUUCAGAGUGUGAUAAGAAAUUCCGGCUUAAGAGCACUCUGGAUGCUCAUUUCCGAAUUCACACUGGUGAGAAACCUUUUGCCUGUCCACAUUGCAACAAAUGUUUUUCCUUAAAGGGAAAUUUGUCAAGCCACAUAAUGCUACACACCGGAGAAAAACCAUUUGCUUGUGAGAUAUGCAAUAAGAAGUUCACAUUAAAAUCAAGUUUGAACACACACGCCUUGAUUCACACCGGUGAAAAACCCUUCUCCUGCACUGUGUGCCACAAGAGUUUCCGGCUCAAGUGCAGUCUGGAUGCGCACUUCCGAAUGCACACUGGUGAAAUGCCUUUUGAGUGUAAUGUCUGUGACAAAAAAUUUAAUCUCAGGGGCAAUCUGAAUGCUCAUAUGUUGAUACAUUCCGGCGAGAAACCCUAUGGUUGCUCAUUGUGCGAGAAGAAAUUCCGUUUGAAAAGCAGUUUGGAGAAUCAUAUGCGGUUGCACACUGGCGUGAAACCAUUUCCGUGUGGAAUCUGUGGGAAGAUGUUUAGCCAAAAGAGCGGCCUGGAGAGUCACUUCCGACUGCAUACUGGGGAAAAACCCUUUAUGUGUAAAGUGUGUCACAAACGGUUCAGUCAGAAGGGGAAUUUGAAGAAUCACAUGAAAAUACAUUCAAGAGAUGAAAGCUACAUUUACAACACACGAAUGCGAACUUUCAAUAACAUCAUUGAGAACAUGUUCAACGGCAGUCACUUUCUCAUCCCACAAGAGGAGGAAUUUAGUUGCAAGCUGUGCGGGUGUAAGUUCAAAGAGAAGUGCGAACUCAUGUUCCACGAAAUGAUGCAUGGGAAGCAAUUCCCAGUUUCAAGAUUCGUCCUCAAUAAUCCCAAUAAGCCCUUCCCACUGAUGAGGCUGCCACCAGAGGACCCUGUUUGUAUAGACCUGACUUUACCUUCCACCCACCGUUACAACUAGAAAGUCAAUUUGAGGUUGUGGUUUUUCCAAGUUACGGGCUCAUUAAUUAGAUUUUAAUAUAAAGCAAUUUAAAAUCUCUUUAUUUUGUCCUCCUGAAAGUGUUUACAUAGAAUUCACCUGUCACUAGCUCAGUGAUACUUUUUCCAUAAUUUAAGAUGAACUCUUUAGAAAUUAUUCACAAGUAUGCUUAGCUACCACAUUUAAAAUUCUUUUACUAGGAAAAAUAUUUUCUUGUGUCAAAAUGAUUUUUAUUUUUCAAAAUCUAACUAUCUUGUUUAAAAAUUAAAUAUAAAUUUUAUCAAAUAAACUGUGGAAAAUCAAGAUAAGUCGACUUAUAACAUUACCAAUCAUGGGUGUUGUACAUCCAAUGAGUGAUAACCUUCACUGCACCCACUUGCUAGCAUAUCCAUGUUACAGUUGUUUUCACUUUGAUUAUUAUUAUCAUAUUUUCAUUAAGAUUAUUCCAUACUGAAUGUAUAUCUAAUUCUUAUUAGGUAUUUAGUUUAACUAUGACAAUUUUCAAUACAAAGUAAAUAUUUGUUUUUCAAAUUUACUGUUUUUGAAUAUAACAACAGUAUAUACUUUUAUGAACAGAAGUUGAAAAUUUGUCGUAUGUAACUGAUCUUUUUAGCUUAGUUAAAUAAAACUGAACACUAAUUUAACAUUUUUAAUACAUCUAAAACUUAUGAAUUGUUUUAAUGUUGUAAAUUUUUAGUAGCAUAGGAGAACAAAGUAAAGGAUUUUACAAAAAUCUAUUUAGUGAUCAAACACUCUUGACAGCACUGAGAGUUGUUGAGGAACUUAGCAUCCAUUGUCAGUUCUUCUGUAAGACACUUAAAACUAUAAACUAACUUAGCUCGUUGUCUGGUUUAUAUUACUUGGUGAAGCUUUAGUUCUGAGUGCUAAGUAUUAUUAUUACUUGAUAUUAUGUGCUAGACAAUGUACGUACAGAUAGUAAGAUGUCGUGUUAGUGUUGAAACAUAGUAAAUUUUUCACAGUCAUAAUUCUUAAUUCAUAAUUUUCAUAUUAAUUUGUAAUUUUUCUUUUUAGAUUAACAAAUUAAAUACUAUCAUAAUAGAGCACAUUUGAUGACUGUGUUUGUAAAAAAAUCUAUAUAUUUCAGUGCAAUUGUAAAAGUUAAUUAUUCUAAGUAAACUGUUUCAAUAGUGGCUCGUCACAAUAAUUUACCUACUGUAUUAAGACUGAAAUGCCAUUCUAAUGAAUAGGAUUAUUUUAUGCCAUAUUCAAGUGUAACAUUAUUUUACAUGAUUUUAAAGUGUAACAAUAUAUAUGUUUUACAGCAUUUUAAAAUGUAAGAUUAUUUUAACUAACUUGUUGAUAAGUUAGACUAUGUAUUAUGUUUGUGUGUUAUUUCUAUUGUUGUAUUUAUGUUUGCUAUAGUUUAGCUAGUUUUAGCAAUUGAUGUUUAGAUGAAAUUUUAUUCAAAUGUUUUAUUUAAAGGCGGAGAUCAUUUAUUGGUGGUAUGCUUGGUGAUAUAAACACUAUUGCUAUUAAAUAGUUACCUGCAAUUGUGAUUUGCUGGAUAAGAAUGGUGCAAUGUAUUAGAAAUUUAACAUUUUUUUAUUUCAUAAAACUUAUGUCAGGAAUCAGAGAUUGUUUGGAAUUCCAAACUUUUUUACUUGAAGUUAACUACUGAAAUAAUUAUUAUUAAAUAGUUACCUGCAAUUGUGAUGCUGCUGAAUAGAAAUGGUGCAAUUUAUUAUAAAUUUAGCACGUUUUAUCUCAUAAAACUUAUGUGAUGAAUCAGAGGUUACGUGGAAUUCCAAACUUUGUUACUAAAGAAAUCAUUAUUAAAUAGUUACCUGCAAUUGUGAUGCUGCUGGAUAAAAAUGGUGAAAUUUAUCAGAGAUUUAAUAUUUUUUAUCUUAAAAAACUUAUGUAAGAAAUCAGAGAUCAUGUGGAAUUCCAAACGUUUCUACAAAAAUAAUCAUAAUUCAUUAAAAAUGCCUUAAUUAUUUUUUACACAGUUGAUUUCCUGAUAGUGUUUUAAAAUAUAACUAUAAGAAUGAUUUGGAAAAAGUAGUUUUUUAUUUAUGUUUUUUUGUACUAUUAUAUGCGUUAUUGUUGUAUUUGUACAUAUUCUGUUUUUUAGUCAUAGGAAUAUUUUUCUAUAUUAUUGUGGGAAAUUUAUCUCUUUUUGUGUUUAUUUUUAUGAUUGUUAAUUUACGUUACUUAAAUUUAUAAAGAAGCCUAAGUGCACUGUUUGAUAUUGAGUGAAGCUUGUUACAAACCUCUUCAGGGCAUGGUUCAAGUCAACCCCAACCUCACCAGGUUUAUUAAGGCCUUUUUCAUACAUAAUGUAUUUACUGUGAUGCACAGUUAUUUUUAUACCAUAGCACUUCCGCGUAUGUGAGCCUGUUUGAAUCUGACAAAUUGUCAAUACAUUAGUUGAUUUAUAAGCAUGAAAAAAUAUAAUUACCUUAAUACUGUAUGUUGAGGUUAUUAAAUGUAGGUAGUCUAAAUUUAAAGUUUAGUAUAUUUUCUAGAAUAUUAUUUUGUAAAAUAAUUACCUACAACAAUUCUCUUAAAAAAUGUUUGUAAAUGUUUCAGUAUUUCACUCAAAAAACUAAAGUAUAUUGACCCAAAAUGUUACAGCAAAAUUGCUAAGCAUUUGCAUUAGUGGUUUUUAUCAAUCGGAAUUUAUAAAACCGAGGAACUUUUGUAUCAACAAAAAUCUAUAUUUAUUAGAAGAUCUCCAUUUAUAAAUUUAACUAAAUGACUUUCUAUUAUGUUUUAUCUUAUAAGAACACACAUAAUCUAGUCAAUAAGAUAUAGUCAAUAUAUCAUAUAAGAUAAAUAUACUUGUAAGAAAUAUUGUUGAUUCCAUUCCUUGAUUUAAAUUUAAUUGACUAUCUAAGAGCAGGAAAUUGUAAACUCAUUACACUUGUGACUUAACAUGUUCACGGCAUUGUGUACAUCUUCGGGUACACACAAUCUUUCACACUGCCAUUGUGUACACACAGGGCGUUUGUAAAGCGUUUUGUAUGCCUAAUAGGAUGCAUUUCCUUAUUGUGUUUUUAUUGUUUGCCUGCCUCAGUGGUUUGUUAAAUUUGAUCCAGAAGUUAAAUAAAUACAUCAGACUAUCAUGUAGCCCGUCGGGCGCACGAUUGCUUAAUUUUUUAGCCACCCCUUGGGGUACAUGUAUAAAAAAUUAAAAACAUAUUAAAAUAUAUUUUUGUGCAAAAUUAUGAAGCUGCAUACUUUUCUCAUUAUACUUAGACAUGUAAAAUUGCAGACUGACCUGUAAUCUGUCCAUACAAUUUUACUUUUUAAGUUACAUAUGGCAAUUCUAUUUGUUAAAAGUUUAUUUUUUAAAUCUCAAUUAUAAUCUAAAAAAACUUAACAAACUACAGUUUUUUGCCAUUAUUAUUGAAAAUUUUAACGGUAAAUGAAAAUGUCUGGAAAUAAGCCGUUGUCUUGAAUGUGUUAAAGUCAGUAUUAUAGUAUCCAUAUCUUGCAGCUAUCAAAUUUGUUUUAAUGCAUAUAAUGAAAGUUCUAGAUAAGUGAUGGACCGUUUCCAAACAAAUUCGAUUCCGAUUCCUGUAUAAAUAUAACUAAAUAUUAUUAGUAACUAAAUAGUUACUAAAGAUUUUAGAUAGGAUGUGAAGAGAUUAAAAGGAAUGUGUGUAACUUUACCAGAUGGGAAAGAUAUUCCUCUUCUUCAUAGACAUAUUAAAAAAUAAAUUUUUUAAAGAAGAGGAAUAUCCUUCUAAUCUGAUAAAGGUAAAUCUUGCUCCCUACCCUGUCUAAAUUGUCAUCUUUAAACCUUGCUUUUUGCUCUCUACUAUUUAUUAAUCAUAAAUAGUAACCAAAAAUAUAGUAUGCUAAAUGUUCUUGUUUUGUUAAUUUUAAAGCAAAUCUGGCACGUAGGAGUGUCGAGCCAAAAAUGUCAAACCACCCUUAGCCAUAAUAAAAUAUUUUAAGGUAAUACAUACAUAUAUUCUUAUAAAGGAACAUAUAUUCACAACUAAACAGAUUAUGAUAUAAACCAAAAUUAGUGGACAUCGGUUUGUUUAAUGCUGAAAAGUGAAUGUCCGUGCACAGAUCCAACAAUGCGCAGCAACUUAUAUUACAAAAAAUACAGAUAAAAAUUACGAAUUGUGAGAAAAUUUUAUUUCAAAAUUAUGGUUACUAUUUUAUCCAUCUGUAUUGUAUUUUAGUGAUUAGUAAUUUACAUAAUGCCAUUCAGCUGUUGUUCAUGAAUAGUUGUAGCAGACUCAUAGAAAUCAUAAAUAUAUGAAGUAUGAACUGUGAGCAAAAUAUUAUUUAAAACACUUCUGUAAUUAUUUGAUCUAACUACGGUUUUAUAUACAGAAAUUAUAAUAAUGAUGUGUGAAAUUGUGACUUUCCAAGCAUCUUUUAAUCACUUCUGUUGAUUUUAUUCAAUAUUUUGUAAUAAAAUGCUACUGAAAUUAAACGUAAAGAGAAGAGGUAUCGAGUAUCAGAAUCCAACUCUUCAAGUGAUAGAUUGGGUGUGAAGCAUAUUAGUGAAAUGCAGUUAGCAUAGCUUAAACGAGAAUUAAUAUUUGGAAAUGGAGGAGUAAGACUUGUGUGAUAAAGGUUUUUUUGUGAAAGAUCUAGAAUGUUUAAAAUUCUAGAGAGGUGAGGUGGGGGAGGAGGUUUGGUGAUAUUUAAAAAGUAUGUUUCGUUGUUUAUUUACCAUUUGGAAUUUUUUAAAUCCUCAAUAAUGAUGUCAAAAAUGUUACAGCAUGCAGCUAAGGCACCUAUUUGUUAUUUUUACAUGUGUUGUACUAAGAUAAUGUACUCGAAAGUGGCAGCUCUCUUAUGCCUAUGUAACAAACAUGUUUGUUUUCCAGCCAACAGUUUUGUAUGUUUAUUCUCAAUAAUCAAAAGGUUUAUUGCAAUUUUUAAGGAAAAGGCAUUGUCAAUAAAUAUAAAAUUGCAGAUUGACCUGCAAUAUGUGUAUAAUUUGGACUAUUUAAGUUACAUGAGACAAUUCUAUUUCUUAAGACUUUAUUUUUAAAUCUAAAAUAAAAUCUUAAAAAUAUGUUAUCAAAAUGUAAUAAUCUGUAAAAAAUCAAAACAUCCUAGAUUUUUUCUCAAAUCUCAAAUUUUAACAAUUUAUAACCUUUUCUAUUAAAUGUGCUACAAAUUUAAAUAUGUGUCUAAUAGAUUUUGUGAUCUAGUGUAAUUUUGUUUACAUAAUAAUAAUACAUUUUCCAUAAUAGUUAUUUGUUAGUAAAAUUAUGUUGUGUUAGUUUCAAAGAACCUGUCAUAUCAAUUUUAAAUCAUCUGUCUGUCCAUAAAACUAUUGUGUACACCACUGAAAGUCCAAUGUAUAUCUUAAAAAAUGAUAAUUUUUUAGAACUACUAGAUUUUUAUCAUUUUUUAAAUAAUUUGAUUUUGAUAUAAAUGGUUAACAUAUUUUGUUUUAAUAUUGUACUACAGCACAAUAUAAAUGCACAAUAAUAUUGGUCAAAUAUUACAUGGAAUUUUUAUUAUUUAUUAAAAAACAUAAGAAACAAUGUAUACAUAAUUUUAUAAUGUUGUUUUACAAAUUUGGGAUUAUAUGUGUUAAGGUGUUACUAAAACUGGCCAGCUGUCAGUUUUGUUCUGUUAAUAACGUUUGUCUUAACCAUAUAAGGGUAAAAAAUGGCAAAUCAAUAAAAUUUACACAGUGACCUAACACAGUUUUUAGGGCAAUUGUUCUUCUGUUGUGAAUGAUCUACACUUUAAAACAAAAUAUCAAAAGAUAAAAAAAAUAAAAAAAGUUAAAACUAAAUAUUUGGUAUACUUUAUAGAUGUGAUGAAGUAUUUGCUUCAGAGCCCCCCUUCUUAAAAGGUAUGACAAAAUAUUUUUUAGGGGUGAUCAUUUGUGACACAUUUUGUAACUCUUUACUUUUCUUUUGUAUGAACCUCACCUAUAAUAAUUAUUUAAACUGUUUAGUUUUAAAUAUUGAAUAAAACAUUCAUUUGACUAUUUAUUUAAAUAGUCCCAAAUUUUACAUGGGGUUAAAACGUUAUAUUUGUUUAUAUAUCAUAUUAUCAAGAAAUUAAUGACCUAUACUUACAUUUAAGAUUAUUUACAGACUCCUUAUGGGACAUGUGGGGUGUGGAGGCAAAAAAUAAACUCACAGUAUAAAACGUAACUUUACAAAUUCUAUAUUUCUAAGCAAAAAAAUUAUCAAGUUGACUUGUGAAUUGUGUACAACCCUGUCUAAUACAUUUUACAGAGGGGAGUGUGGGGCUCCAACAAAUUGUGUUUGACUCAUGAUUCGAUCUCCUGUUGUGUAUAUACAGGGCGUUAAUAAAGUCCCACACAGGCUUGAUAAUUUCCGAAUGAUUACAGGUAAAGCAAUAAAACUUGUACAUCAUUACUUCACCAAUAAAUCUACUUUUUGAAGUAACUACUUGAAACAUUUACAAUGUAGGACCUUGCAGGCAAUGAUUAUGCUUUAACAAUCUUAUACUUAUGGGCCAUCCCCCUAAAAUGACAAAAAAUGGUAUUUACUUCAAAAAGUAGUUUUAUAGGUUCAGUAUUGAUUUACCUAGUUAUAUUGCUUUAUCUAUAAUAAUUCAGAAAUUAUCAAGCCCAUAUGGGACUUUAUUAACACGCUGUGUAUAUCUAUAAAUAUAUGUAGUUAUGUACUUUAUUAAAGAUGAUAACGAUAUACCUGUAGUGUAAUAGAAAUUUUAGAUUUUGUUAAUAUUGUAUAUUUGAUCAUGUAUGUAUUAUAUGUUUGAAUUUUUUUAUGUAUUUUAUAAAGGAAAUUCAAUUUGAAAAUUGGUGCAGAUACUGAAAGAAUUGUAUAUGACAGGUUCUGUUAAAUGGUAAGAUUUAUUAUUGAUGUAAUAAAUUUAUAUCUAAAUAAAUAUAAUAACUGAUUGAUAAUGAUUAAAAUAACUGUUACCAUAUGAACCAGGUGCUAUGUUGAUUAUUAAAAAUUUUGUAAUUAAGUAUAUUUCUAUAAUACUGUAAUUGUUUUAUAUAGUUAAGGCUUAAAAUUAUAUUAUUUAAGACAUGCAACAAUUAUCCAUAUAUUUUGCUCCAUUAUACAGAUUUUAUACUGGUGUAUUAGGUGCAAUACAAUUUACUUUUAUUAAAAUUACUAAUUAAACUUUUCAUUUGUUUCUUUUUUUAUGUCAUUAUAGAGCUAUAAUUAGUUUGUUUUCUUUCACUGUUCAUUUAACUACCAAAGAGGAAAAGUAAGGUAAGAAUUUCACUAAAGUAGUGUUACUUCUAUAAUUUAAUAUUAACAUUUAAAAUUAAUAAUAUUAAAGACAAAUUGUUUAGUGAAAAUAUAGAAUAAAAAUAACAAUGGAAAAUUUGGGAGGUAAUGUGAUUUCAGAAUUAAAAAAAUUAUACCAUCUUUUUUAUUUUUGAAAGUGUUUGAGACUUUGUAUUCACUAUUAAAAUUACAAGUAAGAUUUUUUUGAAAAUUCUUUGAAAUUGUUACGUAUGAAGUUAUUAAACUAAGUAUAGAUUAUUAAAACUUAAAAUGCACCAGUUGUGUGAAUAAUUUCUUUUAUGGCAUGAUAAUUUGUCAGUAAAAUAUAUCGAGAAUUGUAAAUUUGUCAAAAUUUUGUAUGUUCUCAAAACCUUGUUUAUGAAAAGUGGAACAUUAUUUUUUAAUAAUAGUUUUAUGGUUUUAAACAUUUUUCUUUUCUGCUCUUUCCAUUUAUUAUUUUAUUUUAAAUUCUUCUUUGUUGCCUGCAGACUUUAAUGUUUGAGAUUUUUUUAAAGAAUUCAAGUUACCACAAAUUUGCACCAGUAAAUUUAUUGAAUGUUUUAAACUUCCAAGGAAAGAGUUACCACCAAAUCAAAACCAGUAUGGCUUCCAUGUUACAUUCCUGGCAGAAAAGUUACCAUCACAGGAUCAGGAGCCACUUUACGAGGUCCUUCUGAUGAAUAAGCAAACUAAUUCAACAUGAUAGAUGUCACAAGAUUGGCUUUAUUGCUUGGGUUCAAUCCAGUCAAACAAUGCAUAUUGUGAUAAUUUUCAUUGCGCUUUUUUCUAAAUCAUCUGUCAUGAAUACAGAAUGUAAAAUAAAUAAGUUCAAUGAAAAUUACAACUGUCAUUGCCAGAUCAAAUAGGCAUAUGGUUUGUAUAAAAAAAUGACUAAUAUGAAGAUAUGCAGCAAAAUGGCCAACACUGUCACAUGAAGCCAUUGAAAGAUUAAGGCGAUAAAGCAAUGACAAACAACUAAUUUCAAAUUGAUUAAGUGGCAGAGAAGGUGAUACAAUGCUGAAGUACAAAUACUUGCUGACGCUUUUUUACUUGGCUAGCAUACAACAAAAAUUAUGAGUAAGAACAAUAUCAAUUAGAAAACUAUAGGAUGUAAAACAAUUCUAGAGUGAUUCAUUAAUUUGACUUAUCUCUAUUUCGUGUUUAAUUACUUUAUAUGUGGAAUUUGUAAAGAGGAAUUUUUAUUCAUGUGUGCAUUUUGUUAAGCAUUAGAACUAGAAAUGAGGAAAAUUUAAUGAAAGUUUUUAGAUUGCAUUCAAAGUUUCUGUUGUACUAAACAUGUACUAAUAAAAAAUGUUCAAUGUAUAAAAAAAUGUAAAUAUCAGAAAAAGCCCAAAAAAAAAUUAUUACUAUGGUCCAGUCCGCUUUACAUCAGAAUUCUGAAGAGUUCUGGGCAGUUGUUGACAGAUCUCACACAAGCCAAUAAGAGUGGCUGUACCUCAAGUGACAAUAGCCAGAUUGGAUUAGUUGGCAUGUUUAUUGGACAGAACUCGUGCCUGAAUUGUAUAGUGCAACAGACUAUUCAUCAUUAUAAACUUGUCAUAUACCUUCACAAUAAUCUCACAUUAGAUAUGAUUUUGUACAUAUCUUUGUGACUAUUGUAUUAGUGUAGGCUAUUGGUGUACAUGUUAUAGGUUAAGGCAAGCAGAAUGGACAGAGGUCAAAGUUAAUUUUGCUGUAGGAAUACAUUUUUUUACUGAAAAAUCAUUUUUGUUCUUUACAUAUUAUAACAAACAUUGUAUUUCUGUAAUGAAAAGUAAGAUUUUAUUUUAAUAACUGGAGAUAGUAACCAAGCAGUAAUGUAAUUAGAAGAGGUUUUAUUGUUAGUUUGUUAUUUUGAGAUAGAUACAAAGUUUGUUGCAAUUAUUUAAACCUAUUUUAUUAAAUUAAAAAGGAAAAAUAUUUUAAAAUACAUGUCUUUUGGUAUUUUGUUAUAUAACUUAAUAGUACUGUUUAUUUUUAGAGUAUGAUAAUUAAUUUUGAAAGACAUUCAUUGUAAUUUUGUUGUACAGCUGUUAGUCCAUUCUGCUUAUGACAGUGUUAUAGAUGUCAAUAUAACUUAAUGAUAUUGAUUCCGUAUGUUUACUAUCUAAUAUUAUUACUGCCUGUAAUUAUUUUCAGUUGAUAGAUUGUUUCAAGACGUACCACAGAUUCUAGUGUUUCGUCUUUGAUAGUUGGGUUUUGUUGCAUAGCCAUGUUCCUUUCAGCCUGCCAUGUAGAUCUCUGCCAAGUAUUUCUUUUUUAUAGCGACAUCGUCGUAUUUUUACUGAAGAUGAUGAUCGAGGGUGAGAAGAAGAGUUCACAUCGUUUGUUGUUAUCGCUGUCGUAGAUAUAAAUGCACAUAUUGCUGUCUUUAUAUAGACAAUGACAAAUACAUUUUAUUGGAAAUCA